GCAGCAAUGUGAUGUCAACAAUUUGUAACGUAAUAUGUGAAAUGUGCGUUUUAUAUUGCACGUAUUUAAAGAAAAUGCGAACAUGUUACGGGUGUCCACGCAUUAUUGACACAAUGAUGCGAUUCUGUGUUUGAUCUUAAGUAGGGAGCGAAAUUAUAUUCUAUCAGUAAUUGUCGAUUCAAAUUUUUUACGUGUGCCGAAUACAGUCAUUAUCUUUUGUCAACAUUUUAACAAGUAUUCCGGGAUCUGUUCAUUAAUAAGUGAAAGUAAAUUCAGUUUUUGUACAAAAUUGAUACUGUGAAUAGUAAAGUGGUGAAAAUACAGUACGAAAAUGGUACUUAACCUCAAAAUUUUCUAGCCCUGCUGAUUAAUUUUUCCUACAUCACCAUACAUCAACGAAUGUGAAACAGUUGUAAAAUUUAAACAAUAUGGCGGGUCAACAACAUCCUUUCCCAUCUGGGUUUCCUAAUGUACAACAAUCUGCCAUGCGAACACAAUUUGGUGGAGGGCAAAUGGUAUCUGGAUUGAUGGGACCACAGCAAGGUGGCAUGGUAAGCCCUCAACAAUUUGGUGUUGGUGUGGGUGUAGGAGUUGGUGUAGGUGGAGUAGGCACAAAUGCUAUGGGUAUGCCCAAUGCUCAACAAGUAUUAGCACAGCAGCAACAACAACAACAAUCAGUUGCAAUGCAACAACAAAUGCAACAGAUGCAGCAGCAACAGUUACAACUGCAACAGCAACAGCAAGCUGCCAUGGUACAGCAAAAUAAUCAGACAAGUAAUCAAGCCACAACACCACAAACACCUGUACCACCUACACAACCACCACCUCAACAACAACAAACUAAGGAAUUCAAUACUGCCAGUUUAUGCAGAUUUGGACAGGAAACUGUGCAAGAUAUUGUCAGUCGUACUCUAGAAGUUUUUCAGACGUUGAAAGUUUUACAACCACCAAAUGGCAUGGCCCAAGGAGCAAGCUUAGCUAAUGAGAAAAAGAAUAAAGUACAAGAACAAUUAAGAACACUAAAACUAUUGUUCAAACGUUUAAGACUGAUUUAUGAAAAAUGUAAUGAAAACUGCCAACUACAAGGCAUGGAAUAUACACACAUAGAGAGUUUAAUUCCUUUAAAAGAAGAAUGGGAUAUGAAAUCUGAUGAGAAAAAAACAUCAGAAGCAUACAGACUCGCUUGUGAAGAAAGCAAAGAAAUUAUGGAGCAAGUUGUAUUAAAAAAUAGGCACCUUAAAGAAAUCAUUGAUCACUUAAGACGUAUCAUUUCAGAAAUAAAUACAAUGUUAAAUAUGCGACGAUCCUAA